AUGUCCGCCAACAGCACCAUCCUAGGCGACUCCUGGGUGGUCGAGGCGGCCGCUACGCCGCCGCCGAACAAGCACCGGCACGAGGCUAAACAACUCUCCAGUGCUCCAGCCCCGCGUGCCACUUCCGACCAAACAAAGAAAUCCCCGUCGUCGCCCAGCGAUACGAGAACUAGUGACUAUGGAUCCGAGUCCAUGGCGACCUCGGUCUCCUCCGUCUCCGGCCCGGAGCUGAUCAUGCCGUCGAUCUACGAGACGCCCGUGCCGGAAGGGUCCUGGAUAGCGCCGAACGUGCGAUCGCCCCAGCACACGAUCAAGCGCAGACAUCACGGCAGGGAGAGGACGCAGGCAAAUCCCUCGAAUACAUCGCCGCAAAAUGACCAAAGUGCUCAAGGAGACGGCGAACUAAAACAAGAUCAACACCCCCAUAAUGUCCCCGACAGUGACAACAACAAACCAUCCUUGCUCCACCGUCUACAACCCACCCUCCGCAUCCUCCUCAACGCCCUCCUCCUCGCAUCAAUCGCCCACCUCCUCGUCCUCCCCGAACUCAUCACGCAACACCAAACCUUCUUCUGCUCCAUCCCUGCCUUCCCAUCCCUCUAUCCCUCCAGCUGCUUACCCCCUCACUUCCUCCUCCCGAACAACCCCAUCCAAUCAUUCACCACCACCAAAGCAACAAGUCCCAACCACCCGCCACUUACGCCCGAAGAACAACUAACCCUCCACGCCACGCGCCUCGAACGCCUCUUCUCAUCCACCCUGAACACACUCACCCCGCUCCCUCCCGUGCUCAAACAAAGCGAGUCGCGUCUCCGCACCCUGCAAUCCGACCUCCGCACCGCCUUCCGCGGAAGUCGUCAUGAACUUGAACUCGAAUUCUCAGGACUAUGGGACGCCGCGCGCGCAGGGACUCGGAAACUCGAUUCCCUGAGCGCGGAUCUACGGUCCGCGGUGGAUAAUCUCAUCGCGACGAAUGCUGACACUACAGCACCACCGUCGCCGCCACGAGGAGGCGGAGCACCUGCACCCGCUGAUAGUGUUAACGGGGGAGGAAAAGGCGGAGGCGGGGGACACGGAUACAGACACGAGGCGGCUCGCGUCAACGCCAACGCGCACGCUAAAGCACAAGCCCGCGCCGCCCAAAUAACAUCGGCUCAACUCUCCCGCCGAGAAGCGUACCUCGAUCAGCUGACGUUGCGAAUGCAAGGGAAGGCUGACGCGCUAGCUAGCGAUCUCGCGACCGUAGAGGAUCAUUUGGAAUCAAUUGAGAGGAUUAUUUUGAGAGAGGACGGCUCCUCAUCCUCCCGACCCUCGUCCUCUCUAACCCGAGAACAGAAACAAAUCCAAAACCAAGAAAACAACCACGACGGACGAGCAGGAAGAAACCUCGCCCAAAACCUCAUCACACACCUCCAAUCCCUCCGAACCGAAGGCCUAGGACUGAAAGCGCUAGGUCUAGGAAGAACAGGAGGAGGCGUUCACCAACCCCCCUCAUCACACGAGUCCUCUGGCACGGACCCCUCGAAGCACGAGACAUUCCUCGCAGCAACGAAAGGCCAUCGCGCUGUUGCGGAGGCGGUCCGAAACCUGUCUCAGCGGUUAGAUGCGGUGCAGGGACGGAAGAGUUGA